GAGAGCCUAUGACACAGCUCUCUUCCUCUGACUCGCUCUUUUGCUCUUUCUCACUGAAAAAUGCCUGGACACUCCUAAAAGCAUUCAGUCCCAUUUGGGGAUUUUUUUAACCACAGAGGGUAAUUCCUGCUCCAUCCCUGUUGUGACUCAGCUGUGACGUUGAACCACACAAAUCAGAGAGAAGAUAAAGUCAUCAGAAAGCGUGGCCCGGGCCAGAAUCCACCUCUCCCCAGACUUCACAGGGCUGUUCUUCUGCGCUGGAGCAGCACAGACAGACUCUCUGGCUACCUGGAACCCCAAGAUGGCCUCCAGCUCUGGCAGCAGUCCCCGCCCAGCCCCUGAUGAGAAUGAGUUUCCUUUUGGGUGCCCCCCUGCUGCCUGCCAGGACCCAUCAGAGCCCAGAGCUCUCUGCUGCUCAGCUUGUCUCUCUGAGAACCUGAGGAAUUGUGAAGAUCCAAUCUGUCCUAAAUGCAAACGGGACAACCUCCAACCUGUGAACCCAGGAAGCCUUCUGACUCUGGAGAAGGUUCACCCUGAAGUGACCGAGGCUGGAGUUGCAUGUCUCUUUGCAAGUGUUGGCUGCUCCUUCAAGGGGAAUCCACAGUCCAUGAAGGAGCAUGAAGCCACCUCUCAGACCUCUCACCUACACCUGCUGCUGGGAUUCCUGAAGCAGUGGAAGUCCUCGCCAGGCUCCAACCUGGGCUUCACAUCCAAGGGCCUGGAGCAGAACCUGUCAGAUCUGCAACUUCAGGCUGCCGUAGAGGUGGCAGGAGACCUGGAGGUAGACUGCUACCGGGCGCCCUGCUGUGAGAGCCAAGAGGAACAGGCCCUGCAGCAGCUCCUGAAGGAGAAGCUGCUGGCCCAGCUGGAGGAGAAGCUGCAAGUGUUCGAGAACAUUGUCGCCGUCCUCAAUAAGGAGGUGGAGGCCUCCCACCUGGCACUGGCUGCCUCCAUCCACCAGAGCCAGCUGGACCGUGAGCACAUCCUGAGCUUGGAGCAGAGGGUAGUGGAGUUGCAGCAGACCCUGGCCCAAAAAGAUCAGGCCCUGGGCAAGCUGGAGCAGAGCCUGCGACUCAUGGAGGAGGCUUCCUUCGAUGGUACCUUCCUGUGGAAGAUCACCAAUGUCACCAGGCGAUGCCAUGAGUCAGUGUGUGGCAGGACUGUCAGCCUCUUCUCUCCAGCUUUCUACACCUCCAAGUAUGGCUACAAGCUGUGCCUGAGACUGUACCUGAAUGGGGAUGGCUCAGGCAAGAAGACCCACCUGUCCCUGUUCAUCGUGAUCAUGAGAGGGGAGUACGAUGCCCUGCUGCCCUGGCCUUUCCGGAACAAGGUCACCUUCAUGCUACUUGACCAAAACAACCGUGAGCAUGCCAUUGACGCCUUCCGGCCUGACCUGAACUCAGCCUCCUUCCAGCGGCCUCAGAGUGAGACCAACGUGGCCAGCGGCUGCCCGCUCUUCUUCCCCCUCAGCAGGCUACAGUCACCUAAGCAUGCCUAUGUGAAAGACGACACAAUGUUUCUCAAGUGCAUCGUGGACACCAGUGUUUAGGGACGGCGGGCCCUGGAGGACACCAGUUCAGACUGAGGGGCACUUAGCUAGAUAGUGAAUGGCAUGUCCUUGGAGCCCACAGUCCAAGAAAAGGAUGAACUGAGGCUGGCUUGAUGAAAGGAACUUGCAAGUUGGCUGUUGUGUUCGGCUGGAGGGACUUGGGUAAUGCCUUCAGAGGCAGAGCAUCCAGAAGGAGGAAGAAUUGCUCCCUACACACAGACCACACACCACCAGGAGGCCAGCACACCAGGAGGGCCGGAAUAUUGGGACCAGCUUUGGUUAAGAUGGGGAGACUGGCCUGAGGUAGAAACAUAGCCAAGGCUAUAGGGCUUGAGUAGAGGAGCCCUCAGGCUAGAAAGCUCUGUGUAGGUCAAGAGAACUGGAAAUAUAUGUUUCCUCUCCCUGAUCAGGCUCAGAACCAGGACCACGGGGCAGAAGGGGUGGGAUCCAGUAUGAAUUCAGCCUGUCCAGGCCUGGAUUGAGUUCCUCAUUACUAGAUGUUAACAGGUAAAUUCAGAAGCUGUAUUCGGGAAGGCGUGAGGGCUACAUUUGAAGAUGUUUAAUGUCCUUUACAGACAAUAAAAAACUGACUGCCAAGCUUGCUGGGCCAGGUGAGGCCUUACACCCACGGAGGAAUCGGGGAACUUUCAGGAGCCUCAUCCCCUCCAACUCCUCAGGAGAAACCAGGUCAUUGUGAGCUCCUAGGAGCUGCAGGAGGGAUGUGGGGAGGAGGGAGCAGGCAUCAAUUUUCUGCUUCUCUGCCUAGAGCCCCAGAACGGAUGCGGCUCUGAGCCACCGACAGAGGUUGUCCUUUUAAAUUUGUAUGAAAACAGAGCUUUAAAAAAAGAUUCUCCAAGUUUUCACUGGGUGUGUGGUGCCUGAAAAAGCCAUUGCUGGGGUCAAGGUGGUUUUGCUGGUGGCUUCGGAGACCACUAUGCUGACAAGAAUGUCCCCCCUUGGCCUAAGCCUCCUCCCCUUGUAAUGGAGACCCACCCAGCCUGCCUCCCACACUGCCAUCCUCAAGGGACAGGCCACCCAGGAGAGACAGAAGGAAUC